AUCUGUAAAUGAACGCAAAAUAAUUAGAUAAUCAAAUACUGAUCGCUGCGUCAAAAAUGCGCUGAAGUCCCUCGAUCAAUAACACGAGGACUUUUGUAAUUUUUUUUAGCUCAUUACCAAUUAAAAAAUAUUUCAAAUUUCCCAACCUCAACAAUUUCUCAUUCCAAUAUCUAUAAAAUAUUGAAAUUAAUAUUAUCGACUUAUCAAUUGUACUGUGAAUUUUGAAUCGUUCACUAGUCGUUCUGUAGUUAAACAGUUUUUGAAGUUGUCAGUCAUUAGCGAACCAAAAGAAAAUAUUCAAAAUGGGUCACGAUCAUCCUCAUGGUAAACCUGAAAAUGUAUUGAAAUUUUCUCAAGAUAACAAAGUUAUUGUGGACGAGGGUCCAUUAAAGAAAAUGUUUGAGCAUCCUGAUGUUAAGAAUCGUAAAAUUGUUGCGUUUUCAAUCAUUGGAGCUUACAGAAAAGGAAAGAGCUUCUUUUUGGAUUAUUGCUUGCGAUUUUUGUAUGCAAAUUUCCCAUCAAUCAACUACCCAAACAAUCCAGUUGAAAGCCCAGAUGAUUGGCCUGGUUCAGAAGAUGAACCACUCGCUGGAUUUUCAUGGCGUUCAGGCUCAACUCGCGACACAACAGGCAUUGUCAUGUGGAAUGAUAUUUUCCUACAUACAAUCGAGACAAAUGGAGAAAAAAUUGCAAUUGUUGUCAUGGACACACAAGGACUUUUUGACAAUGAGACAUCACCAAUGGAUAAUUCAAGAAUUUUCGCCCUUGGAACUUUAAUAUCAUCAAUUCAAGUGCUUAAUUUGUCUGGAGUUGUACAAGAAGAUCAAUUGCAGUAUUUGCAGUUUGCAACAGAAUUUGCUAAAUUUGCCGCUGACGAUAGUCAUGGAUCAUCUGGAAAACCAUUUCAAAAUUUAAUAUUCCUUAUCAGAGAUUGGUCAAAUCCCGACGAUCAUGCAUUCGGAACUGAAGGUGGUGAAUCUUACUUAAAAUAUUUCUUAAAAGUCAAGAGUGGACAAAAAGAGGAAUUGAAAUCAGUUCGACAAUUUAUUCAUAGUUCGUUUGAGGAAAUAAGCUGUGCAUUGCUUCCACAUCCAGGAAAGAGUGUCGCUGGAGGUGGUAGAAAUAUCCAGCAAAAUAAAAAAUAUGACGGAAAUUGGGGUGCAAUGGAUGAAGAUUUUAAAAUCGAACUUUUUAAUCUCAUUGAGAAUCUUUUGAAGACUGAGAGACUAGUCAUGAAAAAGAUUAAUGGAAAAGACCUUAAAGGAUCUGAGUUUUUGGAGUAUGUUCAGCAAUAUUUUAAGCUUUUUCAAUCUGAUAAAUUACCGCAAGCACAGUCAAUCUAUGAAUCAACAGUUGAAAAACAAAUGAACAUUUUGAUUGGACUUUGCAUUGAUAAUUAUAAAGAAACGGUUUAUAAGAAUCAAGACUUAAUCUCAAAUAUAUCUCAAAUACCAGUUUUCCAUAACAUGAGUAAAAAUCAAGCGUUGCUCAUUUACAAAGAAUCUAAAAAAAUGGGUAAUUCAGAUCAUGAGACAAAAUUUAAAAAAGAGCUUUCCAAACAAAUUGACAAACUGUUCAGUGAGUGGAAAAACCGCUCUGAAGCAAAUAUCAAAAAAAUUGAAGAAGAAAAGGAAAAAACGCUUAAAGCUCUUGAAGAGAAGCAAAAACUUCAACUUGAGCAAAUCGAAAAUGAAAGGAAAGCUGCAGAAAAACUUCGCGAACUUGAGAGUCUUAAGUCUGCAAAGGCAAUUGAACACGAGAAAUAUUUGAAGGAAAAGGAAAUUGCUAAAGCAAGAUUAGAAGCGGAACAGCUUCGUUCUCAAAAUGCAGAAUUUGAAAAGCAAAAAGCAGAAGCAUUUAGGAAGGAACUGGAAGCUAGAUUGGAAAAUGAACGAUUAAGAAAUGAACUCGAUAAAAAGUCUAAAAGAUGGUGUACUGUAAUGUAAAGUUUAUUGUGUAUUCAUGAACAAUUUAUAAUUUGAUGAGGUAAUAAUAAAGUUCAAAGAUCCUUUAGCUCAAUUUCUUGGUCUAUGCAAUAGUAACUGGUCUUUUUUCAACCCAAUUUUUAAUUUUUUCAAUGGCCAAAACUUUAUCCUUUAAACUUUUUAAAUUUUCAUAUUUGUCAACAAAGUUUGCAUCAUGUUUUAGCUCAGCCCAGGUAAAUAAUCCUUGGAAGUAUUCAGAAAGAGAUGUGAAAUAAAGGUCCACCCAGGUCAACUUGCCAUUUACAAAAUAUCCAUUAUUAUCUGCAACAAUUCCAUCAAAUAAUGUUAAGGCUGUUGGAAUAAUAUCAUUGAUGAGCUUGUUGACUUCCUUCUCAUAGUGUUCCUUUCCAAAUGCAUCUUUGUAGUAGUAAGUAAU